UGAAGAAUAGCAUAACAACACAGCCGACUUCCCGAAAUUCUUCCGUUUUUUCCGGCAUUUCUACCCUCGACAGGAUGAACCGACGCUCCCAAUCGGCAAAGAAGGCCUCCAGGGGUCGUUCGGCGAGCCAGCCGACGGCGGACAGCGGUCGGCGCGGCAACAGGAAGGCCGCCACUCAGGCUGAAGAAGCUGCACCGAGUUCGGACGAGGAGGAGGAGCAGCCGCAGGAGCCGCAGCCGCGGAGGGGCAAGCGGGGCCAGACGCAGAGCAAGCUGUCCGACUUCUUCGAGCAGUCGUCGUCGUCGCAGUCCCAGCAGAAGGCGUCCAAGAUUCCUCCCAUCUCGGAGGAGGAGGUGCUGGACCAGGCCCGCAACGUGGCCUUCUUCCUGCUGGGCUGCGUCAAGGAGGGAAACUGCGUCAGUCGCUCGGAGGUGCAGAAGAACGUGCUGAAGAACUUCCACUCGCGCCACUACCUGCGCAUCAUGGCCGCCACGGCCGCUCUGCUGGCCGAGGUCUUCGGCCUCGAGAUCGUCAGCUUCGACGGCGAGAACACCUUCGACAAGAUGGUCCUGAUCGACAAGCAGGGCGUCCACAAGCAGGCCACCACCAAGGAAGAGGACAAGGCCAGCCAGGCGCUCCUCCUCCUCCUCGUCAGCUGCAUCCACGUCGCUGGCGCGCCCAUUCGAGAGGAGGAGAUGAUCGACUACCUGCGAGAACUGCGCAUCAGCUACUCAAAGAGCGACCCGCACUUUGGCGACGUCGAGGCCAAACUGAAUUCGUUCAAAUCACAAAGCUACCUGAAAUUCGAGACUGACAGAUCGACCACUCCCCCUACCAAGCUGAUCGGGCUGGGCCCGAGGGCUGACGCCGAGAUUAACCGAGCCGAGUUGAUGGCUUUUUCUAAAAGGCUGUACCCUGAUCUGGCCUUCCUGGCGGACAACUCGCCGGACAGGCGCCUCUGUGAUUCUCAGGAUGAAGAAGAAGAAUUUGAAUAAUAUUUUGUGUUAAUUUCUGAAUAAAUAAAAAGUCAUUAUUCAUUU